AUGGAGAGUCCACAAGUAGCAGUAUUGAACGAAGAUAUCGCCGAGCUGAACAAAUUGCUAACCCUAGCAGUGAGAGAAAAUGUGAAGGAAAAAAUAAAACGAUGCAUAGAAAACACAACAAUAGAAAUAGCAAAGUUGAAGUUGGAAGAAAGUCAAACCCCAAACAAAAUAACGGAAAACAAUACACCCCUAAAUGAUAGUAACCUUUCGUACAGUUCUGUUCAGUCCUUCGCAUGGAAUCAGGAAGGAAAUAAAGUUACGGUUUUUUUAACCGUUAAAGAUAUACAUAAUAUUGACAAGGACAAAAUCUGUGCAGACUUUGACGAAAGAAGUUUUGAAAUUAAAAUGCACCAAGUGAACAAAAAAAAUUAUCGUUUUUGUGUAAAAAAAUUACAUGAAAAAAUCGUGCCAGGUAAAUGCUCCUUUAAAAUUAAAAAAGAUGCUCUCCAUGUGUACUUAAUAAAACAGGACCAGAAAUAUUGGAGCAAUUUACACUUCAAGGAAUCCCCCAUGUCUAAAAUACGUGCUCCCAAGAUGGACGAGCAGGCCGAACCUUCCACUAUGCUCAUGAACAUGAUGAAGCAACUGUACCAGGAGGGAGACAGUGACAUGAAGAGGACCAUCGCGAAAGCUUGGUGCGAGGCCAACGAGAAAAAGUCGGAAUUCUCCGUCCCUAAUUUUUGA